AUGGAUUACAGACUGAUCCUGUUUGGGCUCACAGCUUCUUGUUCCGGCUGUGAUUGUUGUGCUUCUGGCACAGAGUGCAUCACCACCAAUGGAGUUGUUCAAUGCAUUGACCCCUGUGCCACUUACACUGUGGUGAACGAUGCCUGGCGUUCAACAGAGAAUACAGACCAAACAAUCAUACACUGUGACCAAAACAUUGUCUGGAGUGGAUGGUAUCGCUUUUAUUUGGGUCAGACCAGCGCUCAGAUUCCAGAGAAAUGUGUAGCAGAAAGAAGAUGUGGAACUAAUAUUUCUUUAUGGAUAAACGGGGCUCAUCCAGUUCAGCUUAAUGAAAUCGUAACUCGCAGUGUGUGUAACUCUUGGUCGGGUUCCUGCUGCCAUUUUGCCUCCAGCACCAUCCAGGUCAAACUUUGUUCUGGAUACUACAUCUACAAACUUCAACAGCCAUCUUCCUGCACUCUGGCAUAUUGUACAGAACCUCAACCAUUCAGCCUAUUGACCCAAGAUGAGAGCAGCAUCACUCUGCAGUGGAACAAGAUCAACAACAGCAGCAGCAGCAGCUUUAUUCUGCAGUUUAACGGCACAGAGACAAACAUCACUGCACCAGAUGGAGAUGGACCAGUGAACUACACAGUCUCUUUUCUCACUGCUGGAACCAGAUACACAUUCACUCUCUUCUCUGUAUUUGAGAACGUCAGAAACAGUGGAGUACAACUGACAGCUGUCACUG